CUUCGAAACAUUUUAUAAAAAGCUAUCUACUCUAGCCUCCCUACUGAGUCCCCAUUAGUGUCACCCAAUUCCAUAUAAUUAUACUUCACCAUGCUUACGCUGACCGUUCCCGAGAACUACGGCGCCGUCAUCGCCGUCGCCCUGGGCGCCAUUCCCGUCCUAGGCUUCAUCCAUGGCGGUAUCGUGACGCGUCUUCGUAAGGGGGCUGAAGUCCCAUACCCUCACUGCUAUGCGACCGUGGAGCAAUGCAAGGCCAAUCCCAAAGCUGAACAGUUCAACUGCGCACAGCGCGCUCAUGCCAACUUCCUUGAAAACUCCAGCCAAACCAUGCUCUUCAUCCUGGCCGCUGGACUGAAGUACCCACAGUUGGCGACUGGACUGGGAAGCUUGUGGGUUCUCGGUCGUUCCCUGUUCCUCUACGGAUACGUGUACUCCGGCAAGCCCCGGGGUCGCGGACGUAUCUACGGCAGCUUCUACUUGUUCGUACAGGGGGCUCUUUGGGCCUUGACGUCGUUUGGGGUUGCGAAGGAGCUGAUUUCCUACUGAGUCGGGGUUUGCUCGUCACUUGCUGUCUGAUUGGCAGCGUUGGUCAUACCAACACUUAAUCACCUCUCCUGUAUAACACUAUUUAUGUCAUGUAAUAUUGGCGGCCGCUAGGGCUUGAAAAUGACAAUGGCUUGUUACACAAUCUG